CAUAAGCCAUUUUGUGCAUUGUUCAAGCAGCUGUGUAAAAGUAUUGCUUAUCAUUCCGUUUUGAGAUGUCAAAACUUGGUUGAUUAUUAUUGUCGAAUAUUAUCUUUGACGCGAACAUAUGAUUGUCAUAAGGCGACAAUUUUGAAGUAUCAUCACACACGUAGUUAAAAAAUCAUAUACAGAUUUUGUGUAACAAAGAACUUUCCAAUAUCUUUUAUUAACCUUGGCCUGGUCGUCAUAACAUACACAUUGUUUUGGCAAUUCAACUUACCACAAUGAGUAACGAAAGGUUGCAUAGUGACCCACGUCAAUGUGUAAAUGUGUGGAUGGACAAAAUGAAUCAACGAAUAUUAUCAGACACCCACUUUAAAGAACACUGGCGAAUUUGGGUUCCAAAAAUAUAUAGUCCAGAACCAAAUAGUGAUUGUCGAAAUUGGUUUUUUGAUGGAGAAAGAGCACAAAAAGUACUUUUUAAUACCUUAGAAGAAUUUAUUUGUAAUGGAGAUCCAAAGGGUGUAUUAAAAGAACUAAGUCAAACAGAUAAUGUGAUAUGUGGUAAAGUAUUCAAAAUGGGCGAGGCUACAUAUAGUUGUAAAGAAUGUGGUGUGGAUCCGACAUGUGUCCUGUGUGCAGAUUGUUUUAAACAAUCAGCUCAUCGUCAUCAUAAGUAUAGAAUGGGUACUUCUAGCGGUGGAGGAUUUUGUGAUUGUGGAGAUAUAGAAGCUUGGAAGAAAGAACCAUUUUGUAAUACACAUUUAGCUGGAAUUCAAGCUAAAGAGUCUCAUGAAAAUAAAUUACCUGGAAGUAUAGCAGGAAGAGCAGUAGUGACUUUUGAGGUAGUAUUAAGGUACUGCCAUACAAUGUUAUCUUUAGAACCUACACAAGGAUUACCUUUAGAUUUGUGUUUCAAUGAUAUUGAGGAUGAUGAUCCUUUGUCAUUAUUAUUAACUACAGAUGAUUAUUGUACAGUUCUUUUUAAUGAUGAGACUCAUACAUUUGAUCAAGUGAUUGGUACACUUACACGUGUUAUGAAUUGCACACAAAGAGCUGCACUAGAAUUUGUAACAGUUGUUGACAAAGAUGGCAGAGCUGUUGUAAAGCGUGCUAGAUUUCAGCAAUGCAAAGAAUUACAGAAUGAUAUUGAAAAAUUUACUUCAAGACAUAGUAAUCGAGCAUUGAAGGUACUUGUAGUUCAUGCUCAUGUAAUUGCUCAUCAGAUAUUUGCCAUGGAACUUUUACAUUGGCUACAACAAUUCAUAAAUCCCUGUGAGAGUUUCAGAGUGCUUUUCAGUGAUGUUGCACUCAAUACAAAAAUACCACUUAUUUCCAUUGUAGAAGCUAUACUUCUGAAAGAUUCACAGCUAUGGAAAUCUGCAAGAACAGCAUGGCACACAUUAUUAAUGUCUGGAAUGCUUAUGGAAUAUGAAAGCAAAAAAGCUUUAGCAAUUGUCUUUACUUCUCACUAUGGUUCUAUUAUGAAAGAUUACAUAGGAGAUGAUCAUGAUCAUUCAUUUUCUAUUGUUUCAUUCUCUGUGCAGUUAUUUACAGUGCCUACAUUGGCCCACUAUCUUAUUGCACAUCAUGAUGUGCUAUUUAUCUUAUUAAAUACUUUUAUUUCGGAAAGUUCACGAAGAUGUAACGAUGCAGGGAAGUUGGAAUUUGAAAGAGAUACUCCGAAUAUUUCUUUUAAAAGAGCUAUAUGUAUACUUCAAGAUUUACGAUAUUUGCUAAGCUCUAAACCACAAGUUUGGACUGAUGAAUUAAGAAAAAGCUUUCUACAGGGACUUGCACUUUUACUUACACUACUUAGCAGUAUGCAAUGUAUGGAUGCUGUGGUGAGACAAGUUGGUCAACAUAUGGAAUAUGAACCUGAAUGGGAAUCUGCGUUUAAUUUAUAUAUUAAACUAUCUCCAGUUAUUAGUCUUGCUUUACAAUGGUGUGGCUCAGAUCAAAUUGUUUUAAUAAAAGCUUUUAGGCUGGUUUUGAGAAAAUUACAUGAACAGCCAGGACAUAAGUAUGGUUUACCUCAAGUGAGAGAAUUAGCAGAUCAUAGUGCAACAUGUCUUCAAUAUGAUGUAUCAUCUGAACCAGUAUCUAUACAUCUUCCACUCUCCAGAUUUUUAGCAGGUCUUUUUCCAUAUCUUGAAAUGCAUGAUUUACAUUUUCAAUGUGCAGAGUUUAUCAAUCAUACAAAGCCAACAUUAGAGCAGAUUAUAGAACCGGUAUUAGCAACUCAAGUAAUGAUUGCACAAGUACAUAGUGGUAUGUGGAAGAGGAAUGGAUAUUUUUUGUUAAAUCAGUUAUAUUUUUAUCACAAUGUUAAAUGUCGCUCAGAGAUGUUAGACAGAGAUAUUAUUUUACUUCAAGCUGGGGCAUCUUUAAUAGAAAGUAAUGAAUUUCUCAUUCAUGUUUUAAAUAAAUUUAAUCUUUUACAAUGGGCAAGUUCAGACUUUGAUGCAAAUGCUGUCAAAUAUCUUGAAGAUGAGAGUACCAGACAAACGUUGGUUGAAGAGUUUCUAGGAUUACUUAUAACAAUAAUAGGAGAACGAUAUGUACUUGGAGUUGGACAAGUUACUGCUGAUGAUAUUUUAAAAAAGGAAAUAAUUCAGCAAUUAUGUAUCAAACCUCUUUCUCAUUCAGAGCUUAGUAGAACAUUAUCGGAUGAUACAGAUUUGGAAACUGAAAUGGAAAGGGUAAUACAUGAUGUUGCAGAUUUUAAAAAACCUUCACAAGCAUUAGGAGGAAAAGGAGUAUAUGAACUAAAACCUCAUUUAUAUUCUGAGUAUAAUGUAUUCUUUUAUCAUUAUACAAAAGAGGAAGUAAGUAACUCUGAAGAAACACAACGAAAACGAAGAAAAGCUUUAGGAGAAUUAGAAUGUUGUCCACCUCCCAAACUUCCCAAAUUAACAGAAGUGUUUAGUUUGGUAACGAAUUUAUUGCAGUGUGAUGUCAUGUUACAUAUUAUGCAAAUUGUGUUAGAAAGAGCACUUAAUUGUAGGCCCCGGAGAUUUUCAGAAUCACAAGUGCAUAAGAUUUUACAUCUUAUUGGAUAUGCCCUUCAAGAACAAGAAUCUGGUUAUUAUCCUUUUUUUGCUUUUACAGCAAGAGCUGCAAAAUGGAAAAUCUAUAAAUUGUUAGAAGAUUUAUCUAAUAGUCCACGUGUAGAAGCUCAUAAAGAUUUAUUAACUUGGGUUUUAACAAAGUAUAGAGAAGUUGCUGGUAAUACUGCAAUGGAAGUUAACACAACAGCUGCUGCAUCAAAUACAGAAAAUGUUACAAGUGAAAAUGUUGAAACUGAGAAAGAAUGGAGGACAAAAAUGGCAGCAGAAAAACGUGCAAGAAUAAUGGCACAAAUGGCUGCUAUGCAGAAACAUUUUAUGAAAGAAAAUGCUGAGCUAUUUGAAGAAGCUGCUUUAGAUGUGAAUAAAUCUACCAAUAGUGACUCUAGUAUGAAUUCGGGAAAGUGUCCUCAAAAAAUACCUGUUGCUGUUGGUAUUGGACAAACAUCUAACAUCUCUGGGGAAGAAACUUAUAAAACUUGUAUUUUAUGCCAGGAGGAUCAAGUUGUAACAGUAGCUGGUCCAGCAAUGGUAUUAGCUGCAUUUGUUCAACAAUCCACAGUACUGUGUCAAGAUAGAUAUAAUAUUGAUGAGCCUGAUCCAUUAAUUCUUUCUGCAAAACUUGGUGCAUCACCACAUACUGGUACUUGUGGUCAUGUAAUGCAUGUACAUUGUUGGCAAGAGUAUUUUAAUAAUGUACUUGCAAAAGAGAAUAGAAGGCCAUUCCGUAUACGACAACCAGCAAGUUUUGAUGUGGAGAAACAUGAAUAUCUUUGUCCACUUUGCGAGUGUCUCAGUAAUACUGUCUUACCUCUUUUACCACCUUUAAGAACAUUACAACCAACUUCACCAAAUCAGCCUGAAAUUGAUUUUGGUACAUGGUUGGAAGCUCUAAGAAUCACAGAAUGCAAAUUAAGUGAAAAAUUACAUAAACCACAAUCUACUAAAGAGCAACUUGAUCCAACAUGUCGCUACUAUGCAAAUGCAUUUGUAUGUCCUGUAAAGGCCAUUCGUCAUGAACUUGGAAAUGCAGCAAAUGCUUUUGAAUCCGUUUAUAAACAACAUGCAUUCUCCAUUUCAGAAAAUUUAAUUACUACAAUUCAUUUUUUUGCACAAGCAGCAUACACAAAAGAAUUUGGCACUGAACCUCAUGAAGGUGAUUCCAGAGUACCAUUAUUGGCAUGGAAAUCAACAGCAUAUAGUAUUCAUGCUAUAGAAUUCCUUCUACGUGAUAUGGAUAAACCUUUAUUGGGUGCUUUAUCAUCUAGACAAAGGGACAGUUUAGAAGGGCUUACUAGAAUUUCAGCUGUUUUAGCAUCGACGUGUACAUUACGUACAAGUUUAACACAUUCAACAUGGGCAAAUAAAGAGACUAUUGGAAGUCAUGCUCUUUCUCUUUUAACAUUAUUACUAAAAAAUCCGCAUGACGGAGCAAGUAUUUUAGAUUGGGAUCCAUUUGGAGUACUUGUUCCUUUAAUCAAUUCACUCCCAUGUCUCUUUAGUACAAAAUGUGUGACUCCGCCAAUCAUUACUGGUGGAAUAUUUGAAUUUUAUGCUUUGCAGCUUAUAUUUAUAUCUCUUAUAGUAAAAAUAUUAUUAACAUCAGAUUUUAGUGAAGAGAUGGAGAUAGAUAGUCAAGAAACUGAAAACACGUACUCGGAAUCCAUUUUAACAUUGGUUCAAAUUUUAAAUAUUAAUGUUGGUACUCAAACAGCUGCUAAUAUAUGGAGACGAGUCACAGAAGCUUCUUUACCCUUUCUUAGAUGUUGUGCUCUCUAUUUUCAUUAUAUAUCUGAUGUUCCAGCACCAGAGGAACUAACUAAAAUAAAUGGAGCAACAUAUGGAAAUAUUUGUGCAUAUUUGGGAUUACCUACAACAUGUGAUGGAUUAGUAAAGCCAAAUUUAGAUAUAAUUAUAAAAUUAAUAAAUAUUUGGAAAAGUCACCCCACUGUUCAAAUGCAUCUAUCUGGUGAUAGUACAGACACAAUAAUAAAAGAACCAUUGAAAGUUAAUAAAUUAGUGGAGCUUCCAGAAGAUUAUAGUGAAUUAAUAAAUAUGAUAUCGCCAUUUAGAUGUCCCAACAGCGUUCGAGAGGAUUCUAAAACUCCGACGCUGUGUCUCGUAUGUGGCGAAAUGUUAUGUUCUCAAAGUUAUUGUUGCCAAUAUGAAGUGAAUGAUGCGAUAGUUGGUGCGUGUACAUAUCACGCAAGUAAAUGUGGAGCUGGAGUAGGAUUAUUCUUACGAAUACGGCAGUGUGAAAUCCUUUUUUUAAGAAUUUCAAAUCGAGGAUCUUUUGCUUGUUCACCUUACCUUGAUGAGUAUGGAGAAACAGAUCAAGGUUUACGAAGAGGAAAUCCGCUUCGAUUGUGUCAUGAUAAGUACAGGCAAUUAAAUCAAAUGUGGCUGGGGCAUGGACUUUAUGAAUCCAUAUCAAGGGGUAUCGAGUCUUUAAGUAGUCUUAUGUCAACACGAUGGCAGUAUCUAUAACCACCCUAGGAUUUUCUAUGCAAUCUAGCCAGGACAUUUAGUUAUGGAUACUAA